UUCCCUCCUAUCCCCUUCCACUCCGCCGCUCGUCGUUUCCUCCGUCUCUCCUCAGGCAGGCGCUCUCCCUCUCCUCCUGGUCCUGGAGCCGCGACUCAUCUGAACCCUAAACCGUAGAUCCCGGCGCAGCAGGAGCGAGAUAUCCUCCAGCAAGCAAGCAUGAGUCGCCACCCGAGCACCAAGUGGGCGCAGAGGCUGGACAAGGUUUACCUGACGAUUGAGCUGCCCGACGCCAAGGAUGUGAAGCUCAACUUGAGGCCUGAUGGCCAUUUCAACUUCUCGGCAAAGGCCCCUGCUGAUGGCAUGCAGUAUGAGCUUGACCUUGAGCUCUUUGAUGCUGUCAGCGUUGAGGAGAGCCAAGCGGCUGUUGCCCCGAGGGCUAUAUGCUACCUUGUCAAGAAAACUGAGGCCAAGUGGUGGCCUAGGCUGCUCAAGAAGGAAGGCAGGCCGCCUGUGUUCCUCAAGGUUGACUGGGAUAAAUGGCAAGAUGAGGAUGAUGAAGACGCUGGAUUUGGUGACUUUGGUGAUAUGGACUUCUCGAAGCUGGACAUGGGAGGUGGUGAUGACGAUGAUGAUCAUGAGAUUGAGGAGGAUGAUGAUGAAGACAAUGUGGUCGACAGUGCUAACAAAGGUGAUGUAGAUGCUGAGACAGAGCCGGGGAGCAAGGGAGGGGAAGCUCCAUCAGCUGCUGGUGAAGAAGCAAAGCCAUAAGAUUGGAGGCGAUGGCAUCGAUCGUUACAACUUAUGAUGGUUAUGAGAUCUGUUUCUAGACGCGAGGUAGAAUUUUGGUGUGCCCCUGAAGUUGGGUAGUAGAGGUGGGUGUUGGUAGCUUUUGGCCCGGGGCUAUCUGUAGUGUUCAACGUUAUUCUGCACCUUUUGUUUACUAGUAAAUUGUAUGUGCUUUGCACGUCACUUAAAUAUAUAAAAGCAUGGGAAAAUACAUUUGAAUAUGUAUUUCCUUUCCUAGAAUCAUAUUAGACAA